AUGCUAAUGGUAAACGCACAGCUUCGCAAAGAAGGUACCGCUGCAGCCAGCCGCACAGCCGCCCGCUAUCUACGGCACAAGGAACAGUUGGUCCAACAGGUGUGGAAAGAGUUUGUCGACAAGGGCACCACAACCACCAAGCCCCAAGCGUCGCCCGACAUGUUCCUCCGCACAAGGCUUUCUCUGACGAUCACACUGGCACAGAUCACCCAAGAAUUUUACACACAGGACACGAAAUUCAAAGACGUGUAUGUGCGGCUGAUGGAAGCUUUUGAGGACUUGGCACCCAGCAGCAUCAAGGGCUGUAUUCACAAGGCCGACAGACAACUCUACAAGCUGGCCGAGUACAUAAAGGGGCUACAAGAAGUCGAAGCGAGUGACAAUGAAAGCGUAGAAGGCAGCAGCGAUGGCGGCAGCGUGACAGGUAGUAACGACUCGAGUGGAAAAGAAUCAGAGAUGUAA